CAAUAGCAGAACCUGGGAUGACUGGGAGAUGGAGGAGACAAUAUUAUGCGAAAGAAUUUUUGGUCACUAACCUGCAAUAAUGAUGGCAAAUUUUCACGGGGAAUCUAGAAUAUUCCGUUUCUUGAUCGCGGCGGCGGCCUUGGUUGGUACGGCGGCGGCGACUGUGAUCCACCCCAUUCCGAGAGAGAGCCUGCGGAAGCGAGAGCCUCUGCCUUUGCCUCCCCUCCUGCCACCGCCGUUCGUGCCGAAAUUCGACUACGAGCAACGCGAAUUCGUGAAGGCGCACAACGACCUGAGACGAACCGUCAACACGCCGCCGCUCAUCUGGAGCGCCGAGCUGACUGCAUCGGCGCAGGCAUGGGCGCAGCUGCGACGUGAGGACUGCAAUUAUCGCCUGCACUCGCCGAACCGGCAUGGCGAGAACAUCUUCUACAUGGAGUACAAGGAUUUCACCCCGACAGAAAUCGUGCAACGGUGGUUCAACGAAUCAAGGUUUUACGACAGCACAAAUGAUGCGUGUCGAUGUAACCCCCCAAUGGAGAGCUGUGAAUGCCGUCAUUACCUGGCGAUCGUGUGGUCGACCACCCGACAGAUAGGCUGCAGCAGCGCCGUGUACUGUGACGCGCAGAAGGGCAUUAUAGUCGUCUGCCAAUACGAUCCACCUGGAUUGGACAUUAAUAUCAAUCCCUUCACCGGCGCUCCAAUUGCUAGGAAACCUGCAUUUCCAGCUUGA